GGGGCGUGGCCAAUCUCUCGCACACAGCUGCAGAGAGAGUGCUGCAGUGGGAGCGCGGCAGGGGGUGCGGACUCUUGAAUCGAUCCGCAAAAAAAAAAAAAAAAUCAACUAAAAAAUAACAGACAAGACUCAGCAACGGCGCUAACUGCCUGGUCGUCGCCGCACUAGCCUCCUAUGUGGAGCUCCGCAGCGGUACCGCGGCGACGUAGGCCGACAUGGAGGAGUACCUGCGGAGGGUCGACUGCAGACGUGGGGCCCUCGUGUCCGAGAAGUCGCUCCACGCUGUGUUGGGUGGACCAGAAGCAGAUGUUGACACUGUGGCCGCCACGCUGUGCUUAGCACUACACCUCAACCAGAGGGAGCCAUCAGGUGGGGUGUGUGUGCCGCUCCUUUGCGGCCGGCGUGGCGAUGGCGUGUUGCCCGGGGAGACGGUGAGCUAUCUGCAGAGACUCAACGUGUGUGAGAGCCUCUUACUGUGGAAGGACGACGUGGACCUGAUCAGGACUCAUCAGGCUGGAAAACUCUCGCUUACGCUGCUGAGGGACGGAUUGCUGGACAGCAAUGAGCGCCACAUUUUUGUGGCCAGCAUCCUGCGAGUGGUCCAUCAUGACAGCGAGCGGGACGCGGGGGCUGAUGGGCCGGCGUCGGCGGUGAUGACGGUUGCCAGAGAGCUUCUUCAAGAAGCACCGGAGCACAUCGGAGCGCCGCUGAGGGAGAGCCUCGGAGAAGCGUUGCGUCUCCAAAGUGAAGCGUUCGGGCUCAAACAUGGCCGCCAAUCCGCACAACUGGAGGAGCUGAUGAGACGUUUGCAGCGGUGGAGCCGCACCCCUCCCAGCUGCCACAGCAAGGGGGCGCUACCAGACCUGGAGCAUCUGCUGUCCAAGGAGCUUAGAGAGUUUUCUGAUGGAGAGACGACCAUAGCGCUCACCUCGGUCGCUGUCGGCGAGGAGCACUGGCGUGAUUAUGAAGAUGCAUUGAAGUCAUUCUGUAAUCGACACCACUACGAUGGACUGUUGGUUCUCCUGUCGCUUGAUCCUCCCCGCCAACAGGUGGCAGUCUACUCCAGCAACACAGACCUCCUCAACCAGAUCUGCUGCGAGUUGGAGGAAACGUGUAGUUGGUCUCUCUCAGGUGAACUAGAGAACAGGGCGUGUUUCCAGGUCUAUCACGUCCCCCUAAAUACCGCAACUACUUCGGGUACCUCUCUGCUGGAAGAGGAGGUGCGUUGCCUCCUCAAGGAGUUUAUGGAUCGCCGGUGCUCCGUGCUGGCCUGUCACCCGAGCAGCAGGACGUCCUCCACCGAAGGUGUGGCCGGGAGCGUGGAGUUCUCGCAGGGAUCGUCUGGCAUCAAUGACAUGGAUGGCUCUGAAGGUGAAGGAGGCAGUGGAGCUGUGGUAGCAAUAGAGAGGGGAGUCGCAGAAGGUGAGGAGGACAUGGCAGGAGUGGGAGCAAUUGGAGAGCUUCCAAGCCCUGAUAGUGGAAUGAACACCAUCCGCAGCAGCCGGUCCUCCAAGGAGAGUUCGGUAUUCCUCAGUGAUGACAGCCCAGUUGGCGAGAUUCUUGGUGCUGGUCCUGGGGGUGUCCUGAUGAGGAACCCCUCUCCUCUGGGCUUAUCUUCUCUCUCCCCUCCUGUGCCACCCGAGAGGAGGAGUCGCCGCUCCAGCAAAAAGAGGAGUGACCACUUGGAUCAGUUUAGUUUUGAUGCUCUUCAUCCACAGCCCAUUCUUCCAAAUCCUGGAGGAAAAUUAGAUGAUGACAGACAAACAGCGGGAAGUUCAAGUCUGUCGGAAUACGAAGAACUAAACCUACUGGAUUUCUCUGCACCCAGUUCUUUGGGCGGCCUCGAAAGUCGUCAGUCUUCAACUGAUCCUGAUGGUCAAAUGCAUGGUGUCGAGAUGAUGGACACCGUUGUUCCUCCGACUCCGGUUAACAGUCUGGUAGGUGGUCACCCAUCCAGCAGUUGCAGUGUCAGGUUCUUCCCUGAGGAUGUCGUGGAGAGGAUCAGUGGCCUGCAGCACAAGGACAGCGUCUCGUCAUCCUUGUCUGAAACCUGGGAGGAACUUGGUUUUGACCUACCUUCCUCCAAUGACACAUGGAAUAGAACCAGAGAGAGCCCGCAGAACCUGGAAGAAGUAAGGCGCAGAGAUCCAGAAGGUGGUCCGACAUGUAGGAAGAGGGAAGCGAGGUCACAGAGGGACUUGAGCCUCGAACCGCAACUUAGUCUGAUCACUGAGCAGACAGACUCACAAGAUAACUGGCACCCAGAUUCCGUACUGAGGGAUCAGUGGAACUCCAUGACCGUGGCUGAUCUGCAGCUGACUCCACCAGAUGAAGAAGUAGGUAGAAAAGGCAAAGAAGGUCUCUUUGGAGUGAAAGAAACAACCUCUCAGAAAAAGAAAACCAUCCCAAUCACUUUAACACCUGACACCUCUAAGGAGGACGAUGAAGAGACACAGGGGAAAACAGGAAGUGGUCAAACACUAGACUUCUGGACCUACUCUGCACAGAAGGGCUUUCUGAAAUCCGACAGUGGAACCACAACCUCUUACCCUGAAUCGCUGGAUAUGUGGAACAUGACCAUUCGGGAUGACAGUUUCUCCGCUCAAACCACCCCUGAAAAUUUCUCCGAAGGUUCCGAGUCCUUCAAUGGAGUGACUUCUAAUGCGGGGGGCGGCACGUUUGCGGAAAGUCCACAAGGAUUUUCCUACGGUGGCAUGGUGAUGUGGAACACUACCAUACAAGAGGACAGUUCCUCAUCGGCAAGCCCGGAAGGACCCGGAAAUGACUCUAGUGUUCACACUGGUUUAUGGGAUGCACAGGAUAUGAAGUGGAACGGUCAACAGCAGAAUGUCAAAAUAGUUAUAGAGGGGGAAGAAGGUCAAAUAUCACCCACAAGCGACCUUGUUUCUGUUCCUCGCAUGGUCAUCUCCACCUCAGAGUAUGAUAACGUAAGAGCCUGCAGUCGGUCAUCCUCCCCUGAAGCCCUCACUAGUCCUGCUGAUAUGGUUAAACUCGAAGAGCAGUCCAGCCCGUUUAUUGCGGUGACUAAACCCACUGAUGAAAAAACAAGACGGAUUCAAUCCGAUCUGGGAGUUUCAGACAAAGUGUUUCUUUUUGAAGGACAAACUGAGUUGAGUGACAAGAGUAACAAUGACUCAGUUGAUCAACCGAGUCUUGGUUCUCCGUUUAUUCUAGUUGAUGACUCUCGGGCAGAGGAUACUUUAUCCCUAAGUCCUGGACCGUCCCCACCAUCCAGCAGUCUACCAAGUGCUGCCCACAUUGACAGCCAAAGCAAAGAAGGUCCGACGGAGGGUUCCGCAAAAUCACCGAGCCCCGGUGGGGACAGAGACACCCUUAAGUCGAGCCCAGACAGCCUUCACCCAGGCAGUCAUGACGAACUCCGCUCUAAUUCUGACGGGGAUUCUUCAUCAGGCCUAGAAAUGGAAUACAUUAUCGUUCCCGGUACAGUAAAGGAAACGGAGAGGGAACGAGGGCACCGGCCAAGAGGAUCAAGAAAAACCAUGGAGACUUUUAGCAUGCUGUCUUAUGCUGCUUCGGUGCUGAAGGCUCAAACUCAGGAGACCACACAGAAAACCAGACAAACCCAAGUUACCAAAAAAUUCCAAACAGAACAUGAAGCCGAGUCAACCUGCGGAACACGGAAAUCAUCUCAGACGUUCAACCAAACCCAUCCCCCUCGAACUAAAACUGAAUCUUUUCACCAGUCCGAUCCAAAGCAAGAAAUGAAAGAAGGGAACUACGAGGACACACCGAGCAGCGUGGGCAGAAGCAUGUCGCCGUCGCUAAGACAUCCUUCCGAUCACUUCCUAAAAACCAGAGAGGAGGUUUACGUUCAUUCCCAAAUCUCAAUGGAAGACUCUGAUUCAGACAGCGGGCGGUCACCGGCCGCCACAACUCCACCGCCGCAUCCUACUUCGCCGGGUAACUUCCAUGUUUGGAGGCCUCCUUCACCAAGGCAUGAUACCCCCCAGUCAUCAUGCGACUCCCGGUCACUGAGCAACAGCUCCGAAUCCCACACCAGCUCUUUAGCUGGCACGCCUAUGAGUGAGUCGGGAGGCCCGGGCGACAAAACCCUCGGAUUACCCUUUUCUGGAGAUUUAAUGGAGGAGGAGAAUGACGAAGAUGAGGCGGAUGUAGAUCAACCAACGUCCAAGUUGAGCUCCCAUGACCUAUUAAGUUUCACCGAGGAACUUGUUGGAGGUAGUCAACUGGAACCCACCGGUGGAAUGUUCCAAGAGGACAUCCUGGAUUAUUAUGGACAUGCUGAGAGGACUUAUGGUAGCUCAGCUGAACACCAAAUAGGUCACCAAAGCUAUUCUCCGGUUUUAGGGACUGAAAAGCAGGAAAACGACGACAUCAGCCGGAGUGCCUCUGACAUCUACGCAGAGUUUACAACCGACGCCCCCGCACCGACACACCGACCCGAGAGCUACUCUGAACCUCGUUGCAGCCAAUACGAGCAGACUGACAGGCAUGAUCACGCUCAGUAUGUCCCCGAGGGAUACGCCCACUUCCUUAUGUCACGCUCCCAUCGCGAGGACGGAGCAGCAGCGAUGAUGACGAUGAUGGGGAGGACCUCCAGUGAGGAGGUGGAGGACACCGAGAAUAGGGAAGACCCUCCCUCGUCUGCAGAUGUGUCGGCCGGCUCCAGUCAGAGGAGGAAGCUUGUAGCUCCCCCCAUGAACGUGUCGCUGGACCGCAGCGAAGGCUCCCUGCUUUCGGAAGACGCCUUGGACACGGAAGAGGAGGACGAGGCUCUGGACACCGGUGAUGAUCUGGAUGUUAACAUUGAGGAGCUGGACACGUCUGAUGAGGAGUUUAAUGCGCAAGGGGACUCUGAGGGCUUCGGUGUGGCAGCAGGAGCUGCAAGCGGUGGAGCAGAUGAUGGCCGACUGUGGAGGAGCGUUGUGAUUGGAGAGCAGGAGCAUCGUAUUGACAUGAAGUGCAUUGAGGCUUAUAAGAGAGUCGUCUCUCAUGGGGGUUAUUACGCUGAACAGAACGCCAUCAUCGUGUUUGCGGCCUGCUUCCUGCCGGACAGUGACUGUGACAACUACCACUAUGUCAUGGAAAACCUGUUUUUGUACGUAAUAAGCACCUUGGAGCUCAUGGUAGCAGAAGACUACAUGAUCGUCUACCUCAAUGGUGCCACGCCUCGCAGGAGGAUGCCCGGCUUCUCGUGGAUGAAGAAAUGCUACCAAAUGAUUGACAGGAGACUGAAGAAGAACCUGAAGAUGUUCAUCAUUGUUCAUCCUUCCUGGUUUAUAAGAACAUUGCUGGGCAUCACCAGACCCUUCAUAAGCUCAAAAUUCAGCAGCAAGAUAAAGUAUGUUAGUAGUCUGCAGGAGCUCGGCCAGAUCAUCCCCAUGGAAUACGUCCACAUUCCACCCAGCAUCAUCAAACUGGACACAGAUUUGAAGGACACCGCAGGAAAGUAGGGCUGACAGGAAGAGGAGUUUGGCCGUUUGACAAACAGUCCGACGGCCGCUUGUUGUCUUGUCUUGUCCCCUCGCUGUGACGUCACUUUCCACGGCAGAAAAUAACAAGUGUGCCUCUUGGCAUGAACAGACUGGAGGCCGCAUUUACUCGACCAUUGGACUGGAAUCCAUUUAUUAAUAUUUCAGGCUUUGUUAAUUUCCCACUUGACAACUAAAUAAUCUUGACUCUCUCUUAUGCACUAAUAAUAUUUUGGACUAUGUCAGAGUUUACACAUAUGUACAUGAAACGACUGUACUGUACAAAACGUCCAGAUGAAUAACACUUAGAUGAUGCUGCUGUCCGUCUACAGUUAAUCUUUCUAUCACUGUGAACCUGUGAGGUCAUUAAGGUAGCAUCAUAGCACUUGAAUGUCUCUGCAGUGACUUGUGCAUGCUUUAUGUGUGUGUGUGUGUGUGUGUGUUUGACGGGUAUGGAUGAAAUAUCGGAGCGAACGCAAGUACUUCUAUUUGUUAUUCCACGGCCAAGUUAAAUGAAUAUAAACAUACCGGAUGUCUUACUUUGUAACUGCUGGUUCGAAAAACGACAACAACAAAAAUCCACUUGACUGUUUUAAAGUUUCAUUUCUUUACUGAGAACCUAAACAAUAAAAACUUCGACCAAACUACUGAGCUCUUGUGUAUUUUUUCCACAUAAAUUAAGUUAAAUAAGAGUGAGUGAAUAAUACAACUAGUUGUGUACAUACAGUAUCGGGAAAUGUGUAGCUUAAAGUCACAAUAAGUAACAGUUCUUGGUAAUAUUGAAGCAAAAGCAAUGAAGUCUGUAAAAUUAAAUAAUUAAAAAUAAAAAAAAUAAAAAAAUUGUUAACUAUAAUGAUGAAAAUGGUAAUAUUAAUGAUGA